AUGUUUGUUCAAACUAAACUAAAACUAAACUGUGAUACUUUAUUCCAUUUUUCACAAGUUGAGCUUCGUUUUUCUACUGUGCAAGAUGAAAAUGUACGUCUCAUUCAUAGUCUAAUGGCUCACCAGCGCUGUGGUGCAGUGAAAGAAGCAGCAGAACUACAACAAGCACUGCAUCGAAAUCUGGUUUAUUUAGCCACGAUCGCAGAUCGGACGACUGCGCAUGCUAAUGCACCCACACCAACGCCAGGUCAACCGGGUGUUACCGGUGUGUCCACAGCACAAACGGGAACGCCUGGACAGAGUACACAACCCCAUUUUGCCCCACCUGGAAACGUGGUAGCACCUCAGUCCAUUUCUGGUCCUCCAAUGAACCCUAACGCACCACUGGAUCGAAACCCAUCCAUGGGAAUGCCGCCUACUCACCCCGGCCCACCAACCACUGUUCCUAUGGAGCAUGUGACCAAUCCAUCAGCGCCGGUUGCAUCUGCACCAUCCGGUUUGAUGUCAGUGUCCCAACCGUCCGGUCCGAUCCAUACUCCGGUUUAUCCGGCAAACCAAAUGCCACAAACAGCAAACGGUCAUGAGAUUCCACCGCAAGAUGUAUCAGGUAGAUCAGGUAGAUGUUUAUAG